AUGGCGAGCAAUUCUAUAAAGCUCUUGACUGGCAAUAGCCAUCCGGAGCUGGCACAGCUUGUUGCAGACAGGCUAGGAAUCGAGUUGACAAAGAUCAUGGUCUUGCAAUACUCCAAUCAAGAGACUAGUGUGACCAUCGGCGAAAGUGUUCGAGAUGAAGAUGUCUUCAUUCUUCAGUCUACAAAGCCCAAUGACAUCAACGAUGGCUUGAUGGAGCUUCUUAUCAUGAUUAAUGCUUGCAAGACCGCUUCGGCUCGACGUAUCACCGCUGUCAUUCCCAAUUUUCCGUAUGCUCGACAGGAUAAGAAGGAUAAAAGCCGUGCACCAAUUACCGCAAAAUUGAUGGCCAACAUGCUGCAAACCGCUGGUUGUAACCAUGUCAUCACUAUGGACCUCCACGCCAGUCAGAUCCAAGGUUUUUUCAAUGUUCCCGUAGAUAACCUCUACGCCGAACCAAGCAUGCUGAGGUGGAUCCGCCAGAAUCUGGAUAUCACAAACUGUGUCAUCGUCAGUCCUGAUGCUGGUGGUGCUAAGAGAGCUACUGCCAUCGCCGAUCGACUUGAUCUUCAAUUUGCCUUAAUCCACAAAGAGCGUGCAAGACCAAACGAGGUCUCCCGUAUGGUCCUCGUUGGAAGCGUUGAAGGCAAAACUGCCAUCAUUGUUGACGAUAUGGCCGAUACCUGUGGAACUUUAGUCAAGGCAGCUGAUACUUUGAUGGGCCACGGAGCUAAGGAAGUUGUUGCCAUUGUCACUCACGGUAUACUGAGUGGAAAGGCUAUUGAGACCCUGAACAACGGCUGCCUAAGUCGAAUUGUGGUUACCAACACUGUUCCCCUCAACGAAAAGAAGGAACAAUGCUCGAAAAUUGAGACUAUCGACAUCAGCCCUGUAUUAGCUGAAGCCUGCAGGAGAACCCACAACGGCGAAUCCGUCAGCUUUUUGUUCUCUCAUGCUGUCUCGUAA